AUGUGGUUUGUAUGUGGGACGCAAUCAGGUUGUUUCAGGCUCAUUAGCUGUCAGCGCGGAUCUCAAGAUCGCAAGAAGUCUCAACUCGUGAGCAUGGUGGCCACUGACUUGUCUAGCAAGCUGAAGCGCACCAAGAUUUGCAAGUUUUGGGUUUGCAGCAGGUGCACCUUGGGUGAAGCUUGUACUUUCGCACACUCCACCUGCGACCUCCAAGAGCAGCCGGACCUGGUCAAGACUGAACUAUGCUUCCAGUUCAUGUCCAAGGGCCGAUGCAAACGUGGAGCUGACUGCACUUUUGCGCAUGGCAAGAAGGAGCUCCGCAAGCCUCCCAAGGAGAUGCCGAAAGGCACUGCCGUGGCGGCCAAGAUGAGCGCAGAGGCGCAGGAAUGCCUUUCAGAGAUGGAGGUGAAGCCACCAGUCCGGGAUGAUCGGGUGUCAAGAACGUGGUGA